AUAAAAAAAAAUACUAAAAAGAUUUGGUAUUUUGUAAACUCCCUUCUCCUGUCAUCUACGAUAAAUGUUUUGAGGCACAUUCCAGCAGUAAAUAAAAACAAACGAAUAUUUCAAAUAUUUUUCCAAAAUGAGCAAUUUGCAGCAUUUUACUUUGGGAUCCUCGAAGCCACUGUUCCCGGAUGACGGCAUUCUCCGGCUUUAUUCGAUGCGGUUCUGUCCCUAUGCCCACCGCGUGCACUUGGUUCUGGAUGCCAAGAAUGUGCCCCAUCACGACAUCUACAUCAACCUUAAGGAGAAGCCCGAGUGGUUCCGCGAAGUGAGCAGCAGUGGCAAGGUGCCAGCUUUGGAGCUCGUCCGGGAACCAGGUCAUCCUGUUUUGAUCGAGUCGCUGAUCAUCUGCGACUACCUGGACGAGAAAUAUCCGGAGGUGCCGCUGUACCCCAAGGAUGCCCUUAAGAAGGCCCAGGAUCAGAUCCUAAUAGAGCGUUUCGGCCAGUUUAUCAUGACCUUCUACAGGAUUCUUCUCAACCCGAAUCCUGCCGAUCUUGUGAAUGACGAUAUCUUUGCCGGACUAGCCAUCUACGAGGAGGAACUGAAGCAGCGUGGAACCGAAUUCUUCGGCGGCACUGCGCCAGGGAUGUUGGACUACAUGAUUUGGCCCUGGUGUGAGCGUUUUGCUGCUUUGAAAUACGAUCGUGGACUGGAGUUGGAUCCAGAGCGAUUUGUUACUCUGCUUAAAUGGCGCGAUUUGAUGCUCCAAGACCGUGCUGUCAAGAUUUUCCACCUAGAUGGAGAAACCCAUGCCAAGUACAUGAAGUCCAGACGUGAUGGCAAUCCCGACUACAAUAUGCUCUACAAAGAAACCAAGCGCCCAAAAUUGGAGUAAACUUACGAGGACAGCAUUUAAAAAUAUUUUUUGAGCAAUUGUACAUACAUAAUGGUAAUAAAUUUGAACAUAGAGCAGCUAUCAUGUGAUUAAAAA